GUUAUUAAUAAGAUGGAUAUAGUUGAAGACCCUAAAGGUGAAGGCUUUAGGUUCUAUUAUAUUACCAAAAUUGAGAAACUACAACUGAUUGUUGCUGAAAAAAGUCAGAACUUACGACGUUUACAAGGUCAAAGACAUGAAUUUAAUGCUAAAGUAAGAAUGUUAAGGGAAGAGCAAGAAAGCUAUGUAGACGAAGUUAUAAAGCCAAUGGAUGAGAAGAAAGUUCUAGUAAGAGUACAUCCAGAAAGAAAAUUUGUUGUUGAUAUUAACAAGAAUAUUGAUAAUAUUGACGUGACACCAAAUUGUAGAGUUGCAUCGAGAAAUGAGAGCUAUACUUUACAUAAGAUCCUUCGAAACAAGGUUGAUCUGUUAGUUUCCCUUAUGAUGGUCAAAAAAGUACCAGAUUCAACCUAUGAAAUGCACGGUGGCUUGGACAAGCAAAUCAAGGAAGUUAUUGAGCUACAUGUAAAGCAUCCCGAAUUAUUUGACUCUCUCGGAAUUGCCCAACUCAAGGGACCAACGGUCUUAUAUAGUCAUUACUAUGAUGGUUUCCAAGAAAAAACUUUGUUGGCUCACGCAGUAGCACAUCAUACGGAGUGUACUUUUAUUAGAGUGUCUGGCUCUAAAUUGAUAAAAAAUUUUAUUGGUGAAGGUUCCAGAAUGGUGGGAGAGCUUUUCCUUAUGGCUAGAAAGCAGCAGUUUAUGGAUGAAAUUGAUUCUAUUGGAUCUUCUCGUAUUGAAUCAUGUUCUGGUGGAGAUUCUGAGGUACAAAGAACAAUGUUGGAACUUCUUAAACAACUGGAUGGAGUUGAAGCAACCAAGUACACUAACAGAAUAGAUAUCUUAGAACUAGCUUUGCUAAGACCUGAUAGGAUUAAUAGGAAGAUUGAAUUUUCCCCACCGAAUAAGAAAGCUAGACUGAAUAUUCUUAAAAUUCAUUCUAGAAAGGUGAACUUAACCAGAAGAAUUAGAGAAAGAAGAGUGCAUGUAACACAAAAAGAUAUUGAGAUGGUAGUGGUUAAAGUUAUGCAGAAGAAUUCUGUAAAGAACAUGAAGAUAGAUGCAACAUCCAGCCCCUAUAGUUUGGGACAUAAUAGUGAGAAUAAUCACGACCAUGAGAAAAAUGACAGCGACUUCGUUCCAGAAGAAAUCGGUUUGGAGGAAAGUGAGCUUGAAGAUAUUAUAGAACAGAUAGAAGAGCAAAAUACGUCAAGUGAAAUCAUAGCUGAAACGGAAACUUGGAAAGGACGCCCAAAAAAGGAAGAAUAA